UAGUAGUAAUAAUAAUUUAAAAUUGAAAAUUGUGCCACCACCACCACCAUCAUCAUCAUCAUCAAUCAAUUCAUCGAAUGUUGAUUUAAUCACCACAUCCGCUAUAAUAAAUAAUAAUAGUAAUAUGAUGCUGACAGCAAAUAAUAAUAGCAGCGGAAAUCACUUACCGGUUCCGAUUCCCUCUUCAUCAUCAUCGUCGUCAUCAUUAUCAUCGACAUCGAUUAUACGUCCAUUAAUCGAUUUAAUAGAUGGACAAAUAAUUCAUUUAGGCGAUGUGCUUGGUCCAAUACCAAAUCUAUUUAAAUGGCUACGUAGUGAAUUGGAUCGUGUGGAACAAUGUCUUGAACGAUCAUCAAAAAUUCCAUGUUCAUCAUCAACGAUUGUUGAAAUGGCCAUGACAAAAUUGGAACAAAAUCUGGAAAUUUUCUAUUAUAAUGAACAAUAUUAUUUCGAAGUUAUACGUACAUUUCGUGUUUGUCAACAACCACAACAGCAACAAUUUUCGAUUGAAUCUACCAAUGAUGAAAAACCGAAAGCUUGGUUCAAUCAUUUGAUUGAAGAACGUUUAACCGCUACUAUACGGCCAAUACAAACAUGGUUGAAUGGUAAAGAAUUAUUCGGCUGUAUUUGGUGCAAUCAUUUUUCAUUCUAUCCAAAUCAUAUGAUUUUACAUAUAAUAAUGGAUUGUAUGAAAAAUUUAACAAACAUUACCAACGAUAAUGGUCAAAAAAAUCGUCAUAAUAGUCGAAUCAAUGAAACGCCGAAACAAUCUAUCAAUUAUCAUCCAAUCGAUCAUCAUCAACCUGAUACAAGUCGAAAACACGAAAUACGUAGUUUUGAUAUUAUGUCAUUGUUGAAUCAAAAAGAUCGAAAAUCAUCCAUUGAUGAUCAUCAUGAUCAUGAUCAUGAUGAUGAUUAUAAUAAUAAUCAAGAUGUUGAUAUUGAAAUUGAUGUUGAAACAUUGGAUGAUGAUAAUAAUAAUUCUGGUUCAAUGAUUGCUGCAUAUAAAAUACCUACAAUGAUGAUGAUGAAUAACAAUAUGAAUGGACAAAAACGUUCGAAACGAUCAUCAUCGAUACCAACACAACCACCGCCAUCAUCAUCAUCGAUUGUAUCGAAUCAAUAUCAAACACCAUCAUCAUCAACGUCA